AUGCCUCAAUUUACUCUCUACGCCAACCCGAUUGCCACGGCGCCAGACCGUAUUCUGCUCGCCCUGGCUGAUGCCGGGUUCACUGACUUUGAGUAUAUCAACGUCGAUAUGCGCACCCAGGAGCACAAGUCUGCCGAAUACCUUGCCCGUAACCCCUUCGGCAAGGUCCCAACCCUCGUAACCAGCGACGGCAUCGUCAUGUACGAGUCCCGCGCCAUCGCCCGCUUUCUCUGCACGAAGCUCAACCUCCCUCUCCUCCCCAACCCUGCCACGGCCACGGCUGCCUCGCUGGCUCUCUUCGAACAGGAACUCUCCUGCGAAUCAUCUUACUUUGAGGGCCCGGUCUCUGGCGUCAUCUGGGAGACCUUCAUCAAGCCUAUAAUCAAAAUGGAGACCGACAACGCAGCAUUGGCCGAGCACAAGAAGAAGCUUGAAGACUACUUCGAUAUCGUCGAGGCCAAGUUCAAAUCUUCUGGUAAGAAGUUCAUGGCUGGCGAGGAGUACACACUUGCAGAUGUCUAUUAUCUUCCUUUCUUGGCUAGGCUGUUUGAUCGUGGGUUCGGAGAGUUGGUUACUUCUCGACCUCAGGUGAAGGCUUGGUGGGACCGUUGCAUGGAGAGAUCCAACACCAAGGCCUGGAUCGAUCAGUCGCCAAAGUUGGACCUCUUGCUGGCUGGUAGAAAGUAA